GCUUAUAUCAGCCAGGGGGGCCGAACACAAGUGUGCUGGCAUCAGACACACACACACACUCUCUCUCACACUUUCCAGAAGCCUUUAUCAUCAGAAGAGGCAGAGCUCUGAAUCAUCGGCCCCCGAGAGCAGGAGGAGAGCAGGAGGAGAGCAGGAGGAGAGCAGGGCCAGUCGGUAUCUGCAACAACACGGCCGCUGGAGACAAAGAGGUGCAGACGGCGAGCAUCAGUCAGAGAUAAAGCGGGCUGAAGGCGAGAGACACGGCGCCUUAUUCUGUUUGAGAUACCGAUCAGAAAGUCAAGCUGGCAGCGGACGAGACAAAAAGCUUGUUGGAGGAGGCCGAUGUGGAGCGGGCCGACGGGGGACAGGACAGCCCGGCAGGCAGGGACUCCCCCGGGCCACGUGGCAAGAUGGUGCGCGUUGAGCUGGAGUGGGAGAUCCCCAUGUCGGUGACCCUGCCCGUCCAGGUGCAGCCCGACCCGGCGCACCAACCGUUCCCCUUUCUGGACACGACACUGGCCGACCUGGGCAUCCAAGAGUCCGAGGUGAAGGAGAGGGUGGUGUGGGUGGACACCAAGAAGACCCAGGUUAAGAACAAAGCAGGGAAGCUGAAGGAGAAAGAGAUCACCAUCCUCGAGGUGAGAGUGAAAGCCCAGAAGCCUGGAGACAAGCAGCUCCAGGAAGUCCUGUACAGCACAGAGGCCCACACCGACCGCUCCUUCUGUCGCACAGGAAUGAACAUCCUGCCCUGGAAACACACAUCUACAGGGGAGGACGGACUGACACCGGUGCAGAUGACUAUGGCGUUGGAAAAGCAGCAGCCGGUCAUUACGGAGGCCCAGGGACAGCGGGAGAUCUGAGGAGCAGCAGAGUCCACGGCAAAGCAAUUUUUAAAAACUCCA